ACGGGGCGCCGCAUUUUAGCCAAUCGCAGGCGGGGCUCCGGACCCCAGCGCUUGGUUUCCCCACGUUGGAGCAAUUCGGCGAUGGCGACGCGGUCGGCGUACGACGAUGGCCCGCCGGAGCGGGACAACGUGCGCAUCGAGCGCGACGUCAUGAGCAUGCUGCCCUUCUUCGAGUACCUCGUGGACCUCCCGGACGUGAGCCGCAGCGUGCACUACCGGCCCGACUUUGUCGACCUCCUCGACGAGUACGCAGCGUCGCGCCAGACGUCGCCGCAGUUUGCCAACUGGUGGUCGUGGCUCUCGGACCGCGACGAGGGCUGCCGCAUCCUCCUCCACCGCAUGAACGAGAUGGGCCUCAUCGAUGGCGACGGGUCGCCAUCGCAGCCGUUCAAGUGGAACUUCUCGGCGAUGCACCGCGCGAUCCAAGCGCGCGGAAAGGGCCUCGUGCUCUCGGCGCCAUUGCGCUACAACGAUGCGAUCAACUACGACGUGGUCAUGUACACCAAAUACGCGUUCUCGAGCUUGACCAAGCGGCAGCCGUACUACGUCUCGAAAAUUGAGAGCGAGCUGCGCUUCCGCCUCCCCAGCUACGUGGACGCGGACGCGUACAUUGCAACGCUGCUCCAGCAGAUGGAGCGCCACCCCGAGAUCGAGCUUGUCUCGGACCACCAAGGGCAAAUGAUCUUUCGGUUACGCAGCAAUGGGUACGUCAAGCCGCCGCUGCCGUUCCAGGCGGCCGCCGCCAACUACAUCAACGAAGCGCUCGACGUGCUCCAGCGAGACGACACGUACCCGAUCACACACAUGCUCGAGAUGGUGCGCAACUCGCGCCUCGAGGGCUGCGCCCAAGACGCGUACAUUGCGCGCGUCCUUGAGCGCUUCCGCCGCGACGGCCGUUUCCAGUUUGUCGACGGCCCGACCUUUGAGCGCAGCUACUUUACCUUUGCGCGGCGCCAAGGCUUUGAUGCGCCCCCCGCGUCGUCGCUGCUGCCGACGCCGAAGAGCGACGGCGGGCUGCGGGACCGCCUGCCCAAAGGCCCGCUCGCAGUGCCAAACGCGGUCGACGACUUUUCCGCGCUUGCGCUCGAGCUGCUGCAGUAUGUGCCGAUGUUUGCGAUCUCGUUCUUGUUUGAAGAAACCAAGGCGUGCGUGCCGCCCCAGUGGACGCACGACCGGUACCUCCACCAAGUCGUGCAGCGCAUGAAGCAGAACCCGCAGCUGCAUUUCGAAGUCGACGAGAAGGGCCGCGCGUACUUUACCAAAGCUGGCAACGCCGCGCCAAGACCGGCCUUGCUGGACCCGCCGCCAAAGAAGAUCAAGCGGUCGAUGCCGACAGUGAACGUCAGCAUGGCGUGGGCCGAGCCGCGGCUCGUCUUGUUUCCGACCGAGGUCACGCCACGUCCCAUGCACCUCGAGACGGACGACUGUCGGCUCCAGGUCCGGCGCAAGGCGCUGGUCGAGGCCGGCACGCCACCCAACGACGGCGUCGAGGACGGGCUCCGAAAACAGCGGGUCGUGCCGCCCCGGAUCCCCCUGGAUCUGGCCAACGAAUAAGGGCACUCCACCUCUCAAGACUCAAAACAAAAACAUGGCAGUGUUUCUAUCGCCAA